UUUGUGCGUUUCUCAACUAAACAAGAAGAAGAAGAAAAAAAAAACAUAAGAAAAAAAAAAUGACCAAAAAGCUGCUUCGUCAGCGUGCAGUGCAUGGUCGUUUUUUUGGCCGCUUGGAGGUGAACAAGGCAUCUUUCAAAACGGAGAAAAUCAGAAAGGUAGAAAGCCAACAAAAAACACGAGUAAUAACACAAGUGUGAGCGGGGACAAGAAGAAAAACAACAACAGAACAAAAAAAUCUGUGACUCUUUCGCACUUUGAGGGGAUUGUGUGUCACACAGGUGUGCGUGAGCGGCGGUUGUUUUAAAAAAAAGGACGACGUUUUCUUUCUUUUUUUUUUUUCUUGUUUUGUUUUCGCAACUGUUUAUACAUAACCGCAGGAGAAGAAGAACAAGAACCAGUCGCCCACACAGCGUUUGCUUCACGUUCCAACGGCGGAAGCAACAAACAACAACAAACCCCUUCAACAAUUGCAACUGAUUGCCAACCCGCAAACAUGAAAAGGUACGGCGCCAUGCUGGCCGUCUUCAUCCUGCUGGCAGGUCUUGGCUGUUGCCGGGCGCAACAACAACAAUCCUGCACAGUGGACGGAGUGACCUAUGAGGACGGAUCUUCCUGGCCGUCGCUGGACGGAUGCCAACAAUGUCGAUGCAGUUCGGGUUUGACGUUUUGCGUCCGAGUCUCCUUCUGCCGCGACCUCGGCCAAUGCGGCGUCAUCGUGACACUUCCCGGGGCAUGUUGCCCGGUCUGUUUUGGCUGCGUAAGCCCGUCAGGGAGAAAGAUGUCACUCAACGAAACUUGGAUGGAAGAUGACUGUACGACUUGCGUGUGCCGUGAUGGCCAAUCCAAGUGCCAAGCCUCCUUCUGCCGGACGCCUUGCCUCCAUCCACGCAAAGUUCCAGGAGAGUGUUGCCCAGUCUGUGAUGAUGACUGCCACAUACAAUGCCACUACGGGCGGGCAGUGGAUUCCAACGGCCGGGAGCUGUGCGAGUGUCGUAAGGUGCCGGAUGAGGAUUUCCGCGACUUGCAGGUGACCAUUCAAACCAAGGUGAUAGACCGAGACGGCGCAGAAGGAGUGGACGGGCAAGAAACCGACGGGGACUUUGUUACGGCCGGAGCCAAUGAGGCCAUCAGUUGCCCAAGGGUACCGUGCAAGCGGAUGUGCCCGCACGGUUUCCAGACCGACAGUCGAGGCUGCCCGAUAUGCAAGUGUCAACGUUGCAAAUCCAUCCAGCCGUGUCACAAAAAAUGCGCGUUGGGCUUGGUCCAUGACGGACGAGGAUGUCCGACUUGUCAUUGUCGACCGGGCGGCAGUACAUUGCCCUCGCCGAUUGGCAGUGGUGCGGCAACGCGCCUACCGUCCAUGACGUCAUCGUUCACUGUCAGCAGCAGCACUAACGGCAAGUGUUUAGCUGGCGGAGGCAACCUUACCUACAAUUACGGUGAUCGUUGGCAAAUGGAUGACUGCACCCACUGCGUCUGUCACCCUGGAGGACCCACUUGCACAGAGAUGGCAUGCCCGCUCCCCUGCCAUAAUGCCAUCUUCGUUCCGGGUCAAUGCUGUCCAGUAUGCGGUGAUAGCUCACGCACUUCGGCCACACCAACUGGUGGCUCGUCCAACCAACCACGCAAUGAGACUCGAGACGGAAUGGCGGAUGGCACGGCGCUACUGACGUUAGUGUUAGUGUGCGUGUCCCUGGUAGCCGGAUUGAUUUUAAUCGUGGCCAUUUUGGCCGUAUGCGUGGCCCGUCAGUGCCAACGGCUACAGCUACACGAAGAGAGCAUGGCGGCUGCUGCCGUCAAAUUAACGGCUGUCAACCGCUUGAGACCCAAAUCCACCAAUCUCGACUAUCAGUAUAAUCUCUAUCUACACCGUUAUAGGGAAACUGUGCCGAACGGCUGGCCAUUUGAUGGAUCGGAGAGAUCGACCGACUCACAAGACAAGGAUGAAGGCGGAAGCAGUCAGUGCAGCAACAGCCCUUUACUGAUGGUCAAAUCCGCCUAAAGUUCCAGCCAUUUUCAAACAAGCUGACUGCGAUCAGCACCACUUUUCAAAGGCUUGCCUGUGGAUGCGCACUUUCUGUACAUAGCUUCAACCAACAUCCAUUUUAUUUAAUGAUAAUUUGAUAGACAGGUUUUAAGAAAGAGAGAGUAGUCACCUUAGGAUAGAUUUACCAUGACGAUUGUUUAGUGUUUAAUUGUUUCACGCUCGUGUUCACUACGUCGGAGGGAUCGACAUUUCGGAAGAAUUUCACCAAUUUCAAAUUAAAUGAUUAUUGAAUAUAGUUUUCUCUACCUGUAAACAUCUCUGUAAUCUCGUUGUAACAUUAUCAAAUUAUUAUGAUACACUGGGACGAUUACCGAGGAACGGCGAGACAUCA